AUGGCAAAUUGGAAGAAAGAGACGGAUUUCACUACCGUGGAUGCUCUCCACAAAGAUUUGAGUAAUCCUCCAAGCAAAUACCAUGACCUGGAACUGGCUACUACCGAGGAAGAGAUCCUAGAGUUUUACAAGCGAUUUGGCAACUUUCUCAAUCAUGUCAGCCAUACAGAUGUUCCGGCAGGCAAGAAAUUCUUCGAAUUGAAGGACUACUCCAUUUUUGACCUGAUGGGUACUGUACCUCGCCCAAAUCUCGAACCUCACUAUGAUCGUAUUACGCCAUACCUGGGAAAAACCAAUCAGCAAUUUCGUGAGGUUGAGAUUGUGGCAGUUACAAAGAGCUUUGGCUAUAUCACAGCUGUGCAGCGAGUGGAUGGCAAAGCUGCUGAUGGCGAACCCUAUGACUUCUCGUUCCGUUCCACGUCACUUCUACGAAAGGUUGAUGGAGGCGAAUGGAAAUACGUUCAUGAGCACUACUCCUUUCCAGUUGACAUGACGACGAAGAUAGCGGACUUCACUGGGAAGCAAGAGGCUACUGAGUCUGUUGAAUUCAAGAAGAAGGAAUAG